AUGGGACGCCCGCCGAAGAAGCGGGCGCGAGAAGAUGAUAAUCCUGCUCAGUUUGGUCUGUCAGGAAGCGAAAGGUGGACUGACUCCGACAGCUCUCAUCUCGCCUCGCUUGGAACAGAUACCCCCGUUGCAGCAGACCAAUAUCCCUUUUGCGCUCCAGUCUAUGCUCAUCCGUUCGCAUACCCUCAUUUGGUGUCCACAGAAAACAACCACAGCCACUCGUGGCAACUGGACCAUGGGAAAUUCCUAGAUCCAGUUCCAGCAACUUCCAGUCCAUGGCCUGACUUUUCUAGCGUAUCCGCGGCAGCGUCGAAUUCAUUCACACUCCCUCCAGGUCUGCCACAAUUACAAUCUCCUCCUCUGUCUCCAUCCAAUUCAGAAUCUCUCGAACCCCAAUGCACAUGUUUAUCGUACUUGUAUUUGUGCCUCAGUCAUCUGUCCUCGCUUGCCCCGUUCCCGGUCUCCCAGCAUACCCUGUGUUCGUUAUUCAUUGGCGCCAAGACUGCGCGCGCGGUAAUACGGUGUCAAGCCUGCCCACGAAAGUUUGCCACUGGUUUACAGAAUGUCAUGUUCACCGGAACUUUACUAAAUGUCAUGGGUGAUGCUUGGCUGCGCGUAUCAAAGGCCGACGCCGUUGAGCUUGGGAAGCAAGCAGCACCAUCCAGCUAUGUGCAGGCCAUCAACCAGAAUUCUCCGGAUCCUGCCGAAAGUUGGAAGGAAUGGCUUCGUCAGACAGUUCGCAGCGGGGUUCUUGGUGGGCCAAGUGACCCUGUUGGCUCCGUUCAAUGUUCAGAUGCUCCUAGCCUACUCGGUCUCAUCCAAGAGAUGGAGGCUCGCCAGCGAAGAUGGCAUCAAUCCCAUCCGCUUCCGCAGGAGGAACGCUUGAACAUGCCACCGGAACAUUGUGCCAAAACGUACGAUGCGCAGAAGGAACAAGACUAUCUCUGUUUGCGGGUGGUCAAUAGCGCCAGAGAAGUCAUUGCGAAAUUUGAAUUUCAGCCGCAUGAAUACCCGGACGGAGUGGUUGCCUGA